CCAAACAGACAACAAAAGUCACGUUUUUUGUGUCAUUUUGAGUGCAACCGUUCACUCAAUCAGUGAUUUGAUUGCAUUUAACCAUCACUUGAACUGAUCCGGCAAUGAGUGCCCCAUUGAGUCGAUGACAUCGAUGACAAUGAAGCGUCUGAACAGUGAACAAAUCAAUUCAUUUGUUCACAAUUUCCUGAAACGCCGUAAUUAUAGCGAUCACAAUACGAGCCGUCACCACAAGAAGCCGCCGAAUAUCAACAACUCUCGCGCCAUGAAGUCGAUGGACACGAAGGCGAAGGAGAGCUUAGAGGAGAUCGCACUCAACGGAUCCGUUGUGAACGCCACGAGCGAUGCCGACGCCACCACUUGGAGUCUUCAGGCGGGCGCUGACUUCGCCGCCAACGCUGAGGCGGCCUUCAAAAGCUUCAUUGAAUUUGUGGCCAAAUUCAAGAGUAAACAGCGACUCUUCGAGCAGUUAUCGCAGUUAGAGUUCCCGAUAUUCCUCUACAUCUUUAUUGAACUCUUCGAUUGCGGACACAAGAUGUCUGCGCGACGUUUCCUUCGCGAUCACAAGAAUCGCUUCAAAGAGUCGAUUGAAUUACAGACAAUCGAUUUGAUGAGCAAAUCGUUGAAUGCGAUGACAUUGGAUCCGAAUCUCCAGAAGUACAAGACCAGCAAAUAUUGCGUUAAGAUAUCCGACAAGUGUUUGGAACAAAUGAAACGACAUCUUAAGGAAACAAAUGAUCUCAUUAUCGUUCAAAUCAUUAGCAAAUCAAUUGAUUUGAAUUCAUACUCGACUCACAAUCAAAUCCAAACCGAAACCAAUGAAAAGCGGGUCGAAAAGAGCUCACAAUUCAUGGAUUCCGAGCCAUUGUCCGCACCUGACGUACAGUUAAGCCAAACACAAACCAAAGGCAUUCAAGACUUCUUGGAUUGCGUGGAAAAGCUCCGAAACAGCCCUCCCUGUCGGCCGCCUAUCCGCACGUUUACUGUGAAUAGUGAGGACUUGUGUUGUGCGGCCGUCACCGACGAUAUGAGUGCUCUGGCGCUCGGGUUCACUGAUUCCAGGAUUUGUUUGAAGCGUUUCGGUCAGAACUUCAACAGUGAGUCCCGUUUCGAGCUCAGGAAGAAUACGUCCGAAAUCCACAUCAAUCUCAUCGAACACGACAUCGAAGACGAGGGCGACGAAGAUUGCGGUCAAACGCCUGACGCCACGAACGGCGCCAACAAUUGUGAUACAAACUCAUCGGCAGCUGAAGACACAGACAACGACGACUCGUACCGUACGCUCAGAGGUCACAGCGGAUGCAUAUAUGGGCUGACAUUCUGUCCGCGCACUGAUAUACUGUUGUCGUGCAGUAAAGACACAACAGUGCGGGCCUGGGAUGCGACGUCCGGCCAUAACGUCGCGGCAUAUAAUAGUCACAAGUCUUCCGUUUGGGCGCUCGACUCGAGUCUCAUCGGAAACCUGUUCUGUUCGGGUGGUGACGAGUGUGUGGCAUAUCUCUGGUCUCUGGAGCGCUCACAACCGGUGCGUAUGUUUGUCACCAACUCUUCGUGCGUUCAUUGCCUUCGCUUUCACCACAACUGCAAAUACGUUGCGUUCGCCGAGAGAGAGAUCACUCUCUGGGAUGUCGACAAAGCACAGGAAGUGAGGACUUUCGUUGGACACGAGGCGCCCGUCCAUAGCCUGUCGUUCUCACUGUGCGGACAGUAUUUAGCCUCCGGAGGAAUGGAUAGAAAAGUGAUUGUUUGGGACAUCGGUUCCGGGAAGUCGUUGAAAGUGUUUACCGGACACUCGAAUGCGGUUUACAGCGUGUGCUUCGAUCACAACAAUACUCUUCUCAGUUCUUGUGGUGCGGAUCAGACACUGAAGCUCUGGAAUCUGAAGAAUACUAUCAACUCGUUGUCCAAUAAACCACUCGUCGCCGACUCGGAGACCAAUCAAAACACAGCGCGCGUAGAAUCGGAUCAAUUCAUGUCAUAUCAGAUGAACUCCAAACUAAUUCACUCGCAAUUCUUGCCGCGAAACCUGUUGCUAACGAUCGGCAAAACAUGUUAACUAAUUCCCAUUGACUUACAUUACGUUAUCGUUAUUUCGUUUAUUUAUUGAAUCAAAUACUUUUGUAAAUAAAAAUAAUUUACUAUAACUUUGUUUACGACUAAAAUAUACAACAAAUCGUCUCAAGAAUUGCUAUUCUGUAACCAAUUCUAUCCAUUAGAAAAGCACACAAAGAGGG